AAAGUGAGCCAAACAGAAAUGGAGCAUGCCUGAUUUACAUACACGCCGAAUCCAGCCCCAAGAAGUCGUUUCCUUUAUUAAACGAGCAUCCGAACGCACGCCGUCGUGUAGGUGCUGGUCUGCCUUUAUCGAGCUUUCGCCUGACAAAAACGUUCUGGUUAGUGGAUCUGGUGUCGGCUGCACGUGCCAGAAUGCUGCCUGCGGGGCUGAACUCCAGCUGACCUCGUUAACCCUCAUCAGACAUCUGCUUAACCCGGUUUGGCCAAACCGUGCUGGCCGUUAUGAAUCUGAUCUGUCUGAUUCGCCGCAGAGCUACAGCCCGCUCUCUCUGUAGAAUCUCCCCCUGCAGAAAGCUGUCCGGAUCGGACCGAAGCCCGCCGUCCUCUGACACCACACAGGACCCGAGAGAAGAAGAUGGGUCAGAGGAGCGGCGGAGAGCGAAACGAGCCCCGGGGACAGUGUCCGUCCUCCUUUUUCCCGGGCAAGGCAGCCAGUUCGUAGGGAUGGGCAGAGGACUGCUGAAGUACGGCAACGUGAAGGAGAUGUUCUCCGUGGCACAGAAGGUGCUCGGCUACGACCUGCUGGACCUGUGUCUAAACGGGCCCGAGGAGGAGCUGAUGAAGACCGUCCACUGCCAGCCUGCGGUGUUCGUCACCUCGCUGGCCGCUGUGGAAAGACUGAACCAGGAUAAUCCUGCUGCCAUAGAGAACUGUGUUGCUGCUGCUGGCUUCAGUGUUGGGGAGUUUGCUGCUCUGGUGUUCUCUGGUGCAAUGAACUUUGCUGAAGCUCUUUUUGCAGUGAAAGUCAGGGCAGAGGCCAUGCAGGAAGCCUCUGAUCAAACCCGAAGCGGAAUGUUAUCUGUGAUCGGUAGACCACAAGCCAACUACAAACACGCGUGCCUUCAAGCUAGAGAGCACUGCCUGUCUCUGGGGAUCCAGAAUCCUGUCUGCUCUAUUGCAAACUACCUCUUUCCAGAUGGGAGGGUCAUCGCUGGACAUCAGGAGGCACUGGACUUCCUCCAGAAGAAUUCUCGUCAGCUUCACUUUGCACGGACGCGGCAGCUGCCGGUGAGCGGGGCCUUCCACACAGCUCUGAUGGAGCCAGCCGUAGAGCCUCUUAGAGAUGUGCUGCAACAGCUGGAGGUGCGGCGGCCCGAGAUUGCCGUCCAUUCCAACGUGGACGGAAAGCGCUACAUGCACGAUAAGCAUGUGCAACGGCAGCUUGCCAAGCAGCUGGUGUCGUCUGUGAAGUGGGAGCAGACGCUGCAUGAGAUCUACGAGAGAACUCAGGGUCAGGAGUUUCCCCACACGUAUGAGGUGGGACCAGGGAGACAGUUGGGGGCUACACUGCAGAAAUGCAACAUGAAAGCCUUUAAGAACUAUACCCAUAUUGAUGUUGCCGUGCCACAAGAAGGAUAAAAGAUUUGUGUGGGACAUGUCUGUGUUUUGAAAGAAAGGAUCCCCUUCUAUCCUGACAUUAA